CUGCUCGGCCGAGCGCGAGGGCCUCUAUAGCCGUUCGUGGGUACUCCAGCAGCGCCACUCAUCUUCCUCGCUUCUGAUGAGUCGCCUCUCAGCGGGGCAAUUAGGCAACAGAAUCAACAAACUGACGAAUUGUUUUUCUACUGCACGUAUCCGACAGCUGCGUCGCCAAGACAGCUGGUAUGUUUGUAAUAAAUAAGACUGCCGACGUUCCAAUGGUUGCAGCGGCUUUACUCAGCUCUCAUCCGCUUCUGAUUAAUCACUUCUCAGUGGUAUUUACGUAGCAGAUUCAACAAAGUAACAACACGUUUUUUUCCUCUGUCGUACGAACCAGACUGCUCCAUGCGAGAGACAGUUUCAAGUCUCGGAGCGAAAUAAAUAACGUUCUGGCUGUUGGAUUACACAUCGUCAAAAAAUCAAGCGAAUUCACAAUCUAAUCUGGUAAACAUGAAGCAGUCAUAUACCUACAUUUUGGCAAAAAGGUGCGUUUUGCAUAUGUUGAAGUGAGAGGACGAAAUAAACAUAUUUCGACUUGCAUUUUCGGCUUACUUUACAGGCCAUUGACAUGUGUUGGCGCAUUUAGUGCUAAUUACACCAGGUGUUAGCUACUACAGACCUUCGUUGUUAUCAGAGGACCUAUCGCGGUGAUUAAUUGAGAAGACGGAUGUAGUAGAGAAUGUGGCAAGGAAAAAUGCUGUUAGCCUCAGAGUGAUCAUUUCUGUCAGAUACGUGGCAGUAAUUGAUCAGUGUGAUCAGUUAAUUACUUUGGUUUAGUGAUCAUUUAAGUUAACGUUGAAAUUUACUGCCAUGUAUUAAAUGCUGGUGUUGAUACUCAUUUUUAUGAGGGUGGGCAUUGCUUAAAAGACCUGGUGGAGGAGCGGACUCUGCCAUUCCCAUUGUUCUACGAAGGUGCCAGAACAGCUUCAAUCACUUGCUGUUCUCCACGUUUGAUGAGUGAGUGAUUUUCUGCAUUGACUUGGAUUAUUAUGAGCUAGGUCUGGAAUUGGUACAGGAGAGAAACAGAAUCAGUAAAUUGGGCAUAUUUUUAAUUGCAAUAUAUGCGAGUUAAUCACGAUUCUUCUAUGGUUUGUAUCUGUGAGUGCCACUGACGAAUGGUGAUGGUGUCAGGUUACUACUAAUUUCUGGAAAAACUUGUUAAGAUACUGGAUUAAAUGUUCUGGAGAACGCUGAAAGGAUAUGAGAGUCAAGGGCAGCCUGUAGAAUGGGCGAUAUAAUGAGUUAAGUGCUCUGGAGAACGAUGGAAGGAUAUGAAAAUCACUGGCAGAGUAUAUAAUCGGCCAUAUCAGCGGAACGGAUCUCCUGUAGCCGUCUUCUACUAGUAGUAGCUACCAGUGCACAGAGAUUAGGUAAUUCGGCGUGUGAGUUCUGUCGGAGGAAUUUGAAGCGAGAUAACUACGGGGAAGUUGAGUUUUGCGUCGAGGAAACAAAGGUGACGAUCAAGAUGGAGGACGCCUUGUUCGACAAACACCACCAGUUUGGAGACGCCAACAGUGAGAACGUUUCGACGGCAGGGAACGGCACGUGGGCGUACCUGCGGCACGACGUGAUGCAGACGCGCGCCGUCCAGGCCGUGUUCGGGGUGGUCUACUGCGCCAUCUUCGCGCUGGGCACGCCGGGGAACCUGCUGGUGUGCUACACGGUGUACCGCAACCGCGCCAUGCGCACCGUCACCAACCUGUACAUCUGCGCGCUGGCGCUCGCCGACGUGCUGCUGUGCGCGCUCUGCCUGCCCUUCACGCCGCUCUACACCUUCCUGGGCGGCUGGGUGUUCGGCGGCGCGCUCUGCCACGCCGUCGCCUUCUCGCAGUGCUUCAGCGUCUACGUGACGGCGCUGACGCUGACCGCGAUCGCCGUCGACCGCUUCUACGUGAUCGUGCACCCGUUCCGGCCGCGCAUGCCGCCGUCGCACUGCCUCGCGGUGGAGGGCGGCGUGGUGGUGUUUUCGCUGCUGGCGACGCUGCCGUACGGCGUGUACAUGGCCACCGACGAGGUGGAGGGCGUCAGCGUGUGCAACGAGGCGUGGCCGUCGGAGGCGGGCCGGCGCGCCUUCCUGCUGGCCACGUUCUGCCUGCAGUUCGUGCUGCCGCUGUCGGUGAUCGCCUGCUGCUACGGCCUCAUCGCGCUCUGCCUGGCCCGCCAGAGCCGCGCGCGGCCCGGCGCCAAGAGCUCGCGCCGCGAGGCGACCGAGCGCGAGCGCAAGCGCCGCACCAACCGGCUGCUCGUCGCCAUGGUGCUGGUGUUCGCCGCCUGCUGGCUGCCGCUCAACGCCGUCAACAUGGUCGCCGACCUGGACGAGGGCGCGGAGCGCUGGCGCUACUUCACGCUGUGCUUCUUCCUGGCGCACGCGCUCGCCAUGAGCUCGGUCUGCUACAACCCGCUGCUGUACGCCUGGCUCAACGACAACUUCCGCAAGGAGCUGAAGCAGCUGGUGCCGUGCUGCCGCAGGCGCGUGGCCGCCGCCUCCUGCGGC